GAUGACGUAAUAAGCAAAAACAAACAGGAAGAAGACAAGAAAGUCAGGAUUUGAUCCAGAUUACUAGUAGACAGCUAACAUUACCUACAACAAAUUCAAGAUGCUGAAAUCUGUGAUUCUCAUUGGAGGCCCACAGAAAGGUACACGGUUUCGACCAUUGUCCUUUGAGGUCCCGAAACCCUUGUUUCCAGUGGCUGGUGUGCCCAUGCUUCAGCAUCACGUUGAAGAAUGUGCCAAGGUGCCAAAUAUGAAGGAGAUUUUGCUAAUUGGCUUUUACCAGCCAAAUGAAGAACUUACCAGAUUCAUGUGUAGCGCACAGCAGGAAUUCAAAAUCUCAAUCAGGUAUUUGCAGGAGUAUGCUGCUUUGGGCACUGGAGGUGGCAUCUACCAUUUCAGAGAUCAGAUUCUAUCUGGUGGCCCUGAGGCAUUCUUCAUUAUGAAUGCUGACGUGUGCUCUGAGUUUCCUCUACCAGAGAUGCUCAACUUCCAGAAAGAACACGGAGAGCCUAGCAGUUUCGUCAUCCUGGGGACAACUGCAAACAGAAAGCAGUCCAUGAACUAUGGCUGUAUUGUGGAAAACCAGCAAACGAAUGAGGUUUUACAUUAUGUGGAGAAGCCUAGCACUUUUGUGAGUGACAUCAUCAACUGUGGAAUCUACCUGUUUACCCCGGAGAUCUUCCAACACAUUGGGGCAGUCUUCCAGAAGAACCAGCAGGACAUGCUGUUAUAUCCAUACGAGGGAGACGAGCAGACCAAUGGCAACGGCUGGCAUCGGGCUGAGGCCAUUCGGUUAGAACAGGACAUCUUCACAGCCCUGGCUGGGCAGGGCAAGCUCUAUGUCUACAAAACACCUGCCAUCUGGAGCCAAAUCAAAUCUGCAGGGUCUGCAAUAUACGCCAGUCGCUUGUACCUCAACCAGUACCAUAAAACCCACCCUGAAAGACUGGCUACAAACAAGGAAGGGGGGCCUAGAAUAAGUGGAAAUGUUUACAUUCACCCAACAGCCAAUAUUGACCCUACUGCGGUGUUGGGUCCCAACGUCUCCAUAGGCACAGGUGUGACCAUCGGGGCUGGGGUGCGAGUGAGGGAGUCCAUCAUUCUCCAUGGGGCUACUCUACAGGAUCACAGUUGUGUGUUGAACUGUAUAGUGGGAUGGGACAGCACUAUUGGCAAGUGGGCCAGAGUUGAAGGAACUCCCAGUGACCCCAAUCCAAAUGACCCCUUUGCCAAAAUAGAUAGUGAAACACUCUUCAGAGAUGGAAAACUCACGCCAUCAAUCACCAUUCUUGGUUGUAAUGUAACUAUCCCGGCCGAGGUAAUCAUUCUCAACUCAAUUGUUCUGCCAUACAAAGACCUCAACCGGAGCUUCAAAAACCAAAUUAUAUUGUAGUUAAUUUUCUGUGUGCUCUGUUCAUUUAGUGUCAAACCAAAUGAAGGAUUUUAGCUUGAAAAACAAUGCCACUUCCUCUGGGUUAUUGUACAUAAGAUAAAUAUCUAAAAAGGAGAUGACACUUGUUUAGGUGUUUGGAAAGUUCUAGAUUUGAUAUUGUGUGUUUUUUUGCCUUUAUGCAUUAGCUGACGUUACCAUAAUUUGAGAUGCUUUGGGAGGCUGAUGAGCGUUGGUUGGUUUGAUUACUUCGACACGUCUGAAUGUCAUCCCACCACUUUUAUGAAACGUACAUUUCAUAAAAUGUAUUUUAACUGUUACAUUUCUGCACUAGUCCUAUAAUGAGCUCUGUAUGAUGGAUUGACUACCAUGUAAGGGGAAUUGUAAAAUAAUGGUCAUAUUUUGUCAUGGGGUUACUGGCAAUACUUUCUUUAGGUGGUGGUGCUAACCUUUUGUUACUCAGAAAUUGCAUCCUGAAAAUGUAAACUAAUCUGCUGCAGACUUUUAUAAGAUUGCAAAAUUGAAGGAAUUGGUUACAAACUGUUUAAUUAUGAGGGGUAAUUUGGGGGCCUUUUAACAUGAGUGUUUUGAUUUAAAACGUGACCGUUUUAAUUGCAAGAGUUAUUCUGACAUUCUUCUCUGAAAUACAUUGUUGUCCGUCUCAUGUUUCUUUUGAUUAAAGGGGCAAUCUGCAAAAGUCCCAAAAUGGA